AUGCUUGAACCUGAGCCUGAGCCUGAGCCUGAGCUUGAGCCCGAGCCUGAGCCUGAGCCUGAGCCUGAGCCUGAGCCUGAUCCUGAUCCUGAGCCUGAGCCCGAAUCUGAGCGUGAGUCUAAAACUGAACCUGAGCCUUAGCCAAAGUCAGAGCGAGAAUCGCAGCUUGAGCUUGAGCAUGAGCUUGAGUCUUAGCCCAAGGUAGAACAGAAACGUGAGCCUGAGCGUAAACCUAAGGCUCAGCCUGAGCUUGACUUUGAGCAUGAGUUUGAGCAUGAGUCUCAGAAGCCUAAUCUUGACCCUGUGUCUAAAACUAAGCUUUGAAGUUGAGCCCGAGUUUAAACCUUAGCCUAAGCAUGAAACUAAGCUUUUGAUUUAGUCAAAGUAAAACUAAACUUAAGAGUGACCAAGAGUUCGACUCUGAACCUGUCUGAGCUUUAGCCGUAUUCUUAGUCUUAGCUUUAACCUGAGUCUUAGCUUAAGCCUAAACUUUUUAAAUUCAGAAAAACUUGAAAGCUACUAUAUCAUAAGUUGAGGUUCAUUAUUUUAUUGACUUUCACUAUGUAUUAAUCACUUCUCUCGUAUGUUUAUUAUUCAUAUUUCUUGUUGAUAAGAUAACUGAGUCAAUGAAGAACACUUUAUCGGUCUUCUGAUUCUGGAAAGCUUAAAAUGCAUUUUUUCUUUAACGUGCACGAAAUUUCAAAAAAUUUUUAAAAAAUUUUAAAUUUCAAAAUUUUAAAGAUUUUUUUUUAAUUGUCAUCAUUUUUUCGAAUUAUUAGCCAACUAUAGUAAGUCUCAGACAUCAAUAACACCUUGUAGCCUUCCCAAGAACUAUAUGUCUUCAUCACUACAGUUUUCGUAACGUCCCAACCGCUCUUCUUGAUCAUUAUCCGAUCCGAAGCCAGUACACUCCACUUUUCGGUUGUUUAUCGUGAAGCCGGUGUGUGUAUUGACGUCACACCGUAUCGUUGUCAUUUGUUUUAAAGAGCGCGUGAAAUCAGGAGAGUGAGGGAGAGGAAGCCAAGAUCUUUGAGGCCGCAUCAAGUCAAAGACAAAUCUCCGGGCCGAUUGAAGAUGGAGAAGAAGGAUCGUUUAGCCUAUUGAAGAUGGAAAAGAAGAAGAGAUAUCUUCGGGCCUCAGAUCGAAGAUGGAGAAGAAGAAGGAUCUCCAAACCUCAGAUCGAAGAAGACGAAAGGUCUGAGGCCCAUGAAGAAGAAAGCCCUCCUCGGAUCAAAAGGAGAAAAGCCAAGAAGUUUUGGUCUCAAUAA